GUGAAACCUGGCCCCACCCUAUCAUGUGAUUUCCUGAGGUCAGAUGGCCCAGGAUGUGAGUGGGCGUUAAGGCGUCUCAAAACUGAAAGUUUCAGCAAAUCUUCAGGUCCUGUUGUUUACAAGUUCCAGACCUUUUCUUCUUCUUCUUCUUCACAGCAGAUCAUCUGCCUUCAUCUUCUCUGCCUUUGCAUCCUCUUCUGUCACACCGACUCUCUGCCUGUCCUCCUUCACUACAUUCAUGAAUUGUCCUUCUCUCUCACUGCCUCCAAACAUGCCUCCCCCCUCUCCUCUUCCUUUGUCAGUAGUAGCAGAGUUUCCCAGCUGCUCGUAUGCACCAGUGCAGUCAUAAUAAUUGUACGUGUGUCCAGUAUCCUGGUAUGUACCCUGGAAUGUGAAGUACAUGCUAUUUAUUAGAGAGAAUAAUACAGUGUGAAUGCUACACAGGCACAACUAAGCUCCCAAACAGACAUUGCUGGAUGGUGAUGAGAUACCAGCAUCAGUAUUUCUUCAAUCCAAGUAUUUAAAUAGAUGACGUCACUUUGCUAGACAUGGAAUUGCUUUAAAUGGGCCACUGGCCCACUGCAGGGGCAAAGGGCUCCAUCUGCAUUUGUAUAUGAAGCCUUUGAAGAGAUCAUGUUGCCUCUGCGAGACCUGAACAGGAGUUGAGACCAAACAAAUACACAGCAGAAAUUAUGCAAAUACUGUUGCCAUGACGGAGCACAAGAGGUUUUUUUCUUUAUGGUCAUUUUAAAUAACAAGCAAAACAGACGAUAAUGAUGAGACCAAAAAUGUUUGUAUGGAAUCUAAAGAUUGCAUUGAACAAAAUAAAUUCAAAUAUAAACUGUUUUUACUAAUUUUAUUUUCUAAUUCACUGAAAAAAUACAGACAUAUUCAUGAACAUGCACUGUGGAAAGCUGUAUUUUUAAUUACUAUUGUGCGUACGUUUCACAUGUGAAAAUCUGUGAAAACUUUAUUUUACCAACAAUUUUUAAAGAUCAAAACAUCACAAGAAUAUAUAGGCCCUGCGGACAUGAAUACCACGGUCAGCCGAGCAUUUAAUCUUGACCUUCAUUGUCAAUAGACAAAAGUUUUAGUUUAGUUAAUAUAGACUAGAUUUCCUUAUCAUCGAUGCUGACAGCAUAACACAGAGGAGUGGGGGUGCUGAGUGCUGCUAUUAACGCAGUACUUAUUUAUUUCAUUUUCGGGGCUUUUGCAGUUUAGUAUUAUUGUAAUAACUGGCUACUUCCAGAAGUUGUAUCCUGAUUGAAUACUAAAUGAGCCAUCUACAUAUGUUGUGUUUAAUUAUUAUUUUCUUACAGAGAAGGUCCGAUUAAAGAAAAAAACCGUCACCUUUGGCCUACUUCCCAGACUCCGUUACCCAUAAAACCUCGUUUCUCAUUGCUGAAGAGGUUGAUGGACUACAUUAAACCCGUUUAAAGGAAAUAACAGCGUCUUGAAGUCGUCUUAUUUUAUGGAGCGUUAACGUGUUUGAAAGAAACAUAAAUAUAAAUUGCGCGCAUCUGUAAUAAACAGGGAAAACGUAAAGUUUAACCGAAAACUACAUUACCCAUAGUUCAGCGCGUGAUAACAGCUUCCGGGGUUGGUGACCAUCAGCCUGUUAGCAGGAGAUAGGAGAAAGGUGAGGAAAUGUGAGUGUGUGUGUGGAUGUAGUGUCAGCAGAGCGCCGUGAUGCCCCUGGAGGUGAGAUGGCCGUUCCCUCAAUGCCCCGCUCUGCCGUGGAGGGUCUCCAGCUCACUGAUCAUGGGCAUGGUGGGCUCCUACUCCUACUUCUGGACCAAGUACAUGAACUGUCUGACGGUCCACAACCACGAGGUUCUGUUGAACCUGGUUGACCAGAGGCCUUCGGACACGCCCCUCAUCACUCUAUCCAACCACCAGUCCUGUAUGGAUGAUCCGCACAUCUGGGGCGUCCUGAGGCUCAGGCAGCUGUGGAACUUCAAAAAGAUGCGAUGGACACCUACAGCAUCUGACAUCUGCUUCACUAAAGAGCUGCACUCCAGGUUCUUCAGCCGAGGGAAGUGUGUUCCCGUCUGCAGAGGUGAUGGAGUUUACCAGAAAGGAAUGGACUUUAUUCUGGAGAAGCUGAACAAAGGAGAGUGGGUGCACGUCUUUCCAGAAGGCAAAAUCAACAUGACGGAGGAAUUCAUACGUUUAAAGUGGGGUGUUGGUCGGCUGAUAGCGGAGUGCUCGCUUAAUCCGAUAAUCCUGCCACUCUGGCACGUGGGUUUGAGCGACGUGCUGCCCAACGUGGAGCCCUACAUUCCUCGCACGGGCAAGAGAAUCACCGUCCUCGUGGGGAAACCGUUCAGUGUCAAAGAUCUCGUUGAAACCCUCCGAGCUGAAAACAAGAGCCAGUUGGAAAUGAGGAAGACCCUGACGGAUUUCGUCCAGGUGGAGUUUCGGAGCCUGAAAGCCCAGGCCGAGGCCCUGCACAAGCAGGUAGAGACCAGAUCCUGAGUCCUAGCCGUCCUGCGUUUGCCUGCAGACACUGGUCCUUCACACAUCAGCCCUGAGGAUAACACCCCAUGUACAGAGAAGCUCCCACACCUCCACACGGAGACAUCACUGAGCCUCAGAGUGUUUCGCUGACAGUCGUAAACGAGCAUUUCUGUAACUUUGGAUGCAACAAACUCAUUUUGUAAUUCAGUUAUUGCUUCAAAAUCAGGUUGGUCCACUGCACACCUAAACAGGACGAGUAGCACUGCAGAUGUAUGAAUGAUUGAUUACAUAUGAAUACAUGGUUUCUCUGGGACCCUUUAGAACCAGAAGCCCUCAGGAGAAUUUCUUUUACCUCCUUGGUAUCAGAAGGCAUUUUGAUUUUGAUGAUUCAGCUUUUCAUGUCAUCCAACUUUGAAGUCCAGAGCAGCAGCAGAAGCUGGUGUUGAGUCUGAGGAGGAGAGAGGAGGUCGGGUGAUGGAUGGGCGAGUGAACCUCAUGACCUUUGUGUGUGUGUGUGUGUGGGGGGGAGGGUGCGGUGAACAAUAGCCUUGAACUUUGUUUUUUUUCUUACUGGUGAAACACACAAUAGAUCUCAAAAAGGGCAGCAAACCAAGACUAGUUAACCAAGUCCCAGUUACUAGGGUGAGCACCUGGUGACUGCCUGACCACCAGUCACUAUGUAUGAAUAAGUAUUUCUGCCAGGCUCUAAGUAACAAGGAGGUUUCACCUAGCAACAGACAGCAGCUGCUCACCGACGGGUCAUGGAGUGCACGUUUUAUCUGGUAACUUGUCAGUGUGGGAGAAAUGAUCCUGCUCUGAUCGGGCUCUGCACCAGCUGAAUGCUUUUCUCAGUUUUGCUGAAUUGUUCAAUUUUGAUGAUCUGUUUAAUAACCAGUUCUUUUUUUCUUUAAGAUGUAAAGCUGCUGUUGUUUAAACUACUAAAUAUUAGUACUCAUCAUGCUCCUCUGUGCAUGAGGAAGUCAAAGUGCUGCAUGCCAGAUGUUUGCAGCUGUUAUCAGAAAGAUGCUCAGGCAGUAAAUGAUUGAGGUAAUCGCACUGUUAUGUUUGAUCAUUGGAUUGCUCCUUGCUGUUUUUCAGUCAUCUCUGAGUUGUGUUGAUAAUUUUCUUUUUCAAUCAAAGUUUUCCUGUUAAUCCUAAAACCCCUGAAUGCUGCCCCAUCACCGAUGUACAUAACUUAUUUUAUCACAGAGGACAAAAAGGAUUUUAUAAGGGACAAAAUCUGUGCUAAUUUUAUAAGUGUAUCGCCUUAAUGUGAUUGCCACUCUUUCCUAUACUUGAUGUGAAGUCCAAUAAAGAAUCUGACUUUUCUAAGUUUGAA